AUGCAUGCACACGCGAACGCGAACGCGAACGCAGAGGUGCAACAGGAGAUCGAACGCAUCUUCGACUUGGCCCGAACGCAGCAACUGGUGGUGCUCGACUGUGACACGAUCAACCAUCCGAGCCAGCUCUCGAAGACCUCGCUGGCACCGAUCACGAUCUACUUGAAGAUCAGUUCGCCGAAGGUGUUGCAGCGGCUGAUCAAGACGCGCGGCAAAUCGCAAUCACGCAACAUGAACGUUCAGAUGGUCGCUGCCGAGAAACUGCUUCAGUGCAGCAAUGCAUGUCACGACAUGAUAAUGUUUUGCUUUUUUAGAUGA